GCUGAGCCCCUCCAUGACCUCCACCUGACGAUCCACCUAUCCACAAAUUCUUUCAGAGCUACCCCUAAUGCCUGACCCCGCCUACAGCCCAGAUAUAAACAACACUGCCCGUCGUCAAUCACAGCAGUCUCGCAAAGCCCGAACUUUGACGGUUGUCCACGGUACCCCUCUGGCCAUCUUCGACGUUCACUCGCCAUGCAGCAGCCACGUAUCGCACGCUCCGCCAUAUACUCCGGCACGCGUCUGGGCAGGUAUGCUGGUGCUGCUUCGCGGUGCGCGGCUUUCUCGACGGCUCGCGCUGUGUGUGCCGAAUCCACGUCGAGCACCUCCGCCCAAAAGAAGAGGAGCAUUCUCCCGCCGUACGCACCUGUCGGCGUAGCGGCCGCGCUCGAAGCAUCGCCUUCGUCGCCCGCGAAGCCCACGCUCUUCGAGAAGGAGUUCUCCCUCUCCGAUCGCGUUGCCCUUGUGUCUGGGGCGAACCGCGGACUCGGCCUCGAGAUGGCCAUGUCCCUCGUCGAGGCCGGUGCGCAUGUUGUCUACUGCACUGAUAUCCACAAGACGCCCGGCGACGAGUGGCAGAAGGUCAAACAGUAUAUUGACCGUAUGGACGGCAAAGGGCGAAUUGAGUACAUCAGCGCCGACGUUCGCGACCAGGAAACGAUGUUGAAGGUGGGCGAGACGAUCGGUAACAAGGAGGGUAGGAUGGACGUCUGCGUCGCUGCUGCGGGCAUUUUGAGACCCGACAAGGACUGCCUCGACUAUGAUGCUAAGACCUUCCAGGAGGUCAUGGACGUCAACGUCAACGGCGUGCUGUACACCGCCCAGGCCGCCGGCCGCCAGAUGGCCCGCUUUGGCAACGGCGGGAGCAUCAUCCUCAUCGCGAGCAUGAGCGGAAGCAUCACGAACAUAGGCCAGAAAUGGGUCUCCUACAACACCUCCAAGUCCGCGGUGAAGCAGAUGGCGCGCAGCAUGGCCUGCGAGCUCUCCGCACAGGGUAUCCGGGUCAACACCCUCAGCCCAGGCUAUAUCUACACUACUCUGACGUCGCUGUUCCUCGACUCGCAGCCGCACUUGCUCGAUAUUUGGUCGGCCCAGAACCCCACCGGCCGACUCGGUCGCCCUGACGAGCUUCGGGGCGUCGUCGCCUGGCUCGCGAGCGACGCGAGCACGUACUGCACAGGCAGCGACAUUAUUGUCGAUGGCGGACAUCGUGCUUGGUAGACAUACUGAACAUUUGGACGCGGUUUUGCUCGGGUGAGGGUCUGCUUGUGUCGUCAUAUGUGUAUUGUAUAGUCUUCUAGUUGUUAGUGUGCGCCAAACGCUGUACCGCGUGAUAGCUGCAUAUGUCGGCAGCUCGGACUCGACAUCUUAUAAGAUUAUCGCUUCCCUACAACGUAGGAUAACGUUCAAUGACAAGCAUCCCCGGGCCCGUACGACUCUUCUACACAGGAACUGUCGCGUCUUGUGUCCUACGUACGUGUCAGAGUUCUGCGUGAGGUUGAGGACUGACGCACCCUUGUGUGUUACUACAUUAAUAUACCCAUGUAGCGCAUUGCCGCA